AUGCCCAAGUACAUUCCCAAUGCAAAGCAGUACAAGCACCCGCUUCCGAUUCACCCGUUGGACAAUCUUCCGCCGUUAAUCUCGCACAACCCACUUUCGUGGGUUUACUGGCUCUACAAAUAUCUAUCAAGCACAAAUCAGUUGGCAGUCAAUAUUCAUGUUGAGCUGUCCAGUGGCAAGCAUAUCACAGUCGCAGAUCCCAACGAGAUGCUCUAUCUGUGGCGAAAUGGUUUCUUUGGAACGGCACAACUCUCUCGAAGUGAGCCGACAUGGAGGCAAAGAACUUUGGCCCGCUUGGGUGAAGAGGAUUCACCACAGGCGCUAGAACACGUCACCCAGCAACGCCGGUUGCAGAGACUAGAAUUCAAACGACAACGGGCAAGUUUCGAAGAGACGAAGUUGAGCUUGAGACGCCAAGGCGUGGAUGAAAGCGAGAUUCUCCAGCAAGAACGGGACUUUCUCAAAUCUCUCCGAGAUCGAGAGAUUCAACUUCAAGGGCAAAACGCAGUCUCUUUGCGAGACUCGGAUAUCGAGUUAUUCGAUAAUGAGGACAAGUUAAAGGAGCUUGAGGUUCUGGAACUCAUGCCCGUCGAGGCUGUUUUCCUCACUUUUGCACUACCUGUCCUGGACAUGCCAAUCGCGAGUUUGCUAGCUUCUCUGUGUGGUUCUCGUCCAACUUACGAUGAAAUUCACGAACUGUGCAUCAAGUACGCGGCUUAUCAUCACUAUCGAUCGCAUGGCUGGUGCGUGCGAUCCGGUAUCAAAUUCGGGUGUCACUACCUACUAUACAAGCGCGGGCCACCGUUCCACCAUGCGGAAUAUGGGGUCAUGGUUCUUAACAGCGAGGAUUCUAUGGACUACACUUUCUAUUCUAGCAUCGCCCGUGUACUUGGUGGAGCAAAGAAGAGUUUCAUUCUGUGCUACGUGGAGUUGUGCGAGUCCCAGGACACUGUACUGCGACAUUGGAACGCAGGUCGCUUCGACCGGGUGUUUGGCAGUUACAAGGUUGGAGAGAUCAUGUAUAGACGCUGGGUACCGGGGAAAAAUCGUGACUAG